AUGCUACUCCUACGAAUUGGUGAUAAAAAUUCAAACAAAGAUUCUUCAUCAGAGAGACGGGUUUCGUCUACGCAACGAGCCUCUGCCAUCAAACACCAUUACCAUACAUCUGGAACAAAUUCAUCAUCAACCAAUAAAAGUGGUAGUAAUCUUUCAACAAAACAAAGAUUUGCAUCAAAAUUUCGUACUGACUCAUCGACAACAAGAUCACGUUCCUCAACUAUAUUUAGUGGUUUAACACAAGGAAUAUCCGUAACAGUUCCAGGAAGGAAUAGAACAAGACAUUCCCCGAAAAAAGGUGGUAAAAAUCGUCAACAACCAAAAGUAGUUAUAGGAGAUAACGCAUACUCUUAUACACAACGUCUAUUACCUCCAAAUCUCUAUCAGGGUACCUCAUCUUCAAUAACUGGUGGUGGUUGCCUAUCAACAGAACUUUCCUGUGGUAGGUUAUCUUUUGAAGCAACAACUGGUGCUGGUUUAUUAGAUAAAAGUUCUCAUAGUCAGUACGAUCUUCGUUCUGAAUCUAAUAUUUAUAAUACAACAAUGACAAAUAUAAGAGGUUAUGGACCAGGAGGACAAAAUUCCUCAACAUCAGCAUCCUCCUCUGUUUUGAUGGUUGGACCAAAUUUUAGGAUUGGUAAAAAAAUAGGGUGUGGGAAUUUUGGUGAAUUACGUUUAGGAAAAAAUUUAUAUAAUAAUGAACAUGUAGCAAUAAAGUUAGAAGCAAUGAAAUCAAAAGCACCUCAAUUACAUUUAGAAUAUAGAUUUUAUAAAUUAAUGGGACAGGCUGAAGGAAUUCCACAGGUACAUUAUUUUGGUCCAUGUGGAAAGUAUAACGCAUUGGUGAUGGAAUUAUUAGGCAACUCCUUGGAGGAUCUCUUUGAUAUGUGUGAUAGAAAAUAUACACUAAAAACAGUUUGUAUGAUAGCUAUGCAACUUAUUAGACGUAUGGAGUUUGUACAUUCCAAACAUCUUAUUUAUAGAGAUGUUAAACCUGAGAAUUUUUUGAUUGGUCGUGCCUCAACGAGGAAACAACAUAUUUUACAUAUUAUUGAUUUUGGUUUGGCAAAAGAAUACAUUGAUUGUGAUACGGGCAAACAUAUUUCAUAUAGAGAACAUAAAUCCCUAACGGGUACUGCUCGUUACAUGUCUAUAAAUACACAUUUAGGAAAAGAACAAUCACGAAGGGAUGAUCUUGAAGCAUUAGGUCAUAUGUUUAUGUAUUUUUUGAGAGGUUCAUUACCAUGGCAGGGCCUAAAAGCAGAUACAUUAAAAGAACGUUAUCAAAAGAUUGGUGAUACUAAAAGAAUAACACCAGUAGAGAUUCUUUGUGAAGGAUUUCCAGAGGAGUUUGCUCAGUAUCUUCGGUAUGCUCGAAGACUUGACUUCUUUGAGACACCUGAUUAUGAUUAUUGUUUUAAUUUAUUUAAAACUGUCCUUGAAAGGAGUGGAUAUACAUAUGAUUAUGAGUUUGAUUGGACAACAAAAUUGAAUCAUGCAUCAACACCAUCAGGAUCAAUACAUGCAUCUGUUGAUAAUAAUUUGACUACCGAUGCCGGAGCAUCUGGAAAUCGUCAAGAUCAAUUAACGAAAGGUGGAAGGCAUUCUGGUACAGGUAACAAACAACGUGAAGAUGGUCUAAGGCCUGGUGGCGGUAGUGGUCCAGCAGGUAUCUUUGGAUCAAAUCAAGUAAUGCAUUCAGCUAGGUAUGACGUUAUUGAAAGAAAUAAUAGAGAUGGAGGUAACAAUCAACAAGAUGAUAAUAGUAGUGGUGAAGUUAAAUGUUGUUGUUUUAAAAGGCGUUGUUCUAAAACUCCAAUCCAACAACAAUAA